AUGCCGUGGCACGCAGUCUAUGCCGAUCAACUUAGAAAGUGCAAGCAGGGACAUCCUCUGUGGUGCCCCGAUGCAGGGAGAAGGACCUCGGGGAUUUUGGUGGGCGAUGUGGGCUAUCUGAAGGAAGGUGCCUUCUAUCCGCUGUUCAACGCCACUUUGGACGCGAACGACGACAUCAACACUCGCGGUGUUCCAGAGCGGUACAAGAAAUUCGUCGUCAAAGAUGAUCUGCGUAAGGAGUACGCGAAGGUCAUCGAUCGGGGACCACUGCAUAGCACAAGUCUCAGAAAGCUUCAGUCGUGCGACACCACCCUCGCCUGCGGGUUUCAAUGCACGGACAAGAAGGGUGCGCUGCUUGUCAUCCGUACGCCUGCGAUCCAAGAAGAACUGCGAGACAUUGAUAACAUGAAACGCCAUAUGUCCAGCCAUAUCGAUAGCUGGCUCGAUUUCGCUAAGCGGCAGCGCCCCGAGCUGAAGAUGGAGGACAUCACCUUCGUAUUCGGGUUCAUCAAGACAACACAAUGGGCGGUGGCUGCGCUUACCAAGGGGCAGAAUGCGGAAUUGUCGUUCACUGGGAAGUUCACGGAUACUGAACCGGCGUUCUCAGUGGAGCCUCGAGGGACUGACUUCGAAUACCGCACGGGUCCAGCAGGUCGAGACACCCAGCUCACGAUGCCUAUAGACCAGUGUGUCUUCCUGCAUUACAUCAAAAUGGAGAGGUUAAUAGGCUUCCCUCGUUGUGUGAUCGUUCGGGGUGAGCGCUUGGCUGCACCAUGA